AUGAAAGAAGAAAACCAAAACCCCGAUUCCCCGGGAGGCAGCGACGACGAAAGCGAGCGAGCUUUGAAAAAAACCACCCGAAAACGAAGCGGCCAAACCCUGGGGGGAUCCCGCUCGCCACAGGGCAAGCGCAGCCGGGGCUGCGCGACCACUCAGGAGGGCGACGAUGCCCACGCCCAACGCGUCAUCGCCAACGUGCGGGAGCGGCAGCGAACGCAAUCCUUGAACGACGCCUUCGCGGAAUUGCGCAAAAUUAUCCCCACGCUGCCGUCGGACAAACUGAGCAAGAUCCAAACGCUGAAGCUGGCGGCCAGGUACAUCGAUUUCCUGUGCCACGUGCUGAGCAGUGAGCGGCCCGAGCACAGGGUGGCCCCCGCGUGUCACCUCGUGGCCCACGAGAGGCUCAGCUACGCCUUCUCCGUGUGGAGGAUGGAGGGAGCGUGGUCGGUGUCGCGUUGA